AUGCGCCACUUCCGCGGGCUGCGCUACGCCCACCCGCCCGUGGGGGAACAUCGGUGGCGAAAACUGCGGCCGAUUGCUGGGGCUGUGAUGAUGGAGGAGGGGGGGAAGAGCACGACGAAGACGGAGGAGACGAAGAAGGAAGAGAAGGAAGAGGGGAAGGAGGAGGAGGAGAGGGAGGAGGUAGGGAUGCAGGACGCGACGACCCCAGCGCUGCUCUGCUACCAAGCGGAGCCGUACUCGCUGUGGGCGCGGGAGGCGGCGCCGGGGCAGGCGUACUGGAACCAGGAGCGGAAGCAGGGGGAGGACUGUUUGGUUAUUAAUAUAAUGGUGUAG